GCAAAAGCAGACACGACUAUACAGAGAGAGGCAACGCAGGGCAAAAACCAAAUUAUCAAUCGAUGAGGGUGGCGUAGCAACAAUCUUCAAGGGUUUUCACGAGCAGGUUUCUAUGGCGCCCAUGACUGAUCCUCCCGCGGACGAGGGCAUUUUUCAUUACCAGUACGGCGACGAUGUCCCAGCAGAAGUUCAAAAGUACUGGGCUCAGAGGGACACCAUCUUCUCGGAGUAUUCUAGAGGCAUUUGGAUGACUAACGAUGCUUGGUUUGGCAUCACGCCCGAACCGGUGGCUAAUGCCAUAUCAGAACAUGUAUCAGAUGGAGCGCCAAAAGAGAAGAAGAUCAUCAUAGACGCCUUCGCAGGCGCUGGUGGAAAUGCCAUUGCCUUCGCCCUGUCUGGCAGAUGGGAGCAGGUAUUUGCCAUCGAGAAAGAUCCAGCCGUACUCAAAUGCGCAAAACACAACGCAGAGAUCUACGGAGUCGAGAAGAAGAUCUGGUGGUAUGAGGGAGACUGCUUUGAGGUCCUCAGGACACAUCUGGCUCGUACCAAAGACGCCAUCAUCUAUGCGAGUCCGCCUUGGGGAGGCCCAGGAUACCGAGAAGACAAUGUCUUCAAUCUCAAGACUAUGGAGCCUUACAACCUCGACACUAUAUACACUGCGUUCGCAAAGGUCACGAAAGACAUUGUGCUCUAUCUCCCCAGAACUUCGAAUCUGAAUCAGCUAGUUAAAUAUACCACGGAAGGUAAGAAGCUCGAAGUUGCGCAUUACUGCCUCAAAGGAGCUAGUAAGGCGAUAUGCGUGUAUUUCGGCGACUUCACGUUCGGACCGAAGGACGACGAUGAGACUAUCGAUGAGACUGCCGAUGGGGCUGCCGAAGGAAAUGGAGUCUCCCACUUGGAAUGA